AUGACUCUGGGAACGACAAGCUCACAUCAUCUGACGUCUUCUGCCCCUGGCUCUGCGGGCCACGACAGAGCCGCUUCUGGCACGUGCUCUAAUUGCUUUGACAAAGACGACGGAAAAGGCAUCAAGGUCACAAAUGAAGGCAAUGCUUCCAACACCUUCUCUUUAGACCGCGGCUUCGGUAGCGGCUUCUCGAACUAUACGGCCCCGAAGCCCAAACCCGACAGCGGCUUUUCGUUGCUGCCGACGACUUUCGACAGAACUCGUCCCAGUAUUUUUGCUCCGGAUAGCUACCAGACGGCUUCCCGCUAUCCGCCCUCUCUACUUCGCCCCAGUCUCUUUUCAAGCGUCCUUCCCGAGAGGCCUGUCGGGGCUGCAGCGGUCAAGCCGACCUGGAAGCACGACACCACAGAGGGCAAUAAGAACAAAGAGCACGACAAAAAUGGUCGCUCCGAUAUGGUCGACACCUCCGUGAGAGACAUCCUUGGGUCCACCCAGUCCGACAACAGCGAUAUCGUCCGCUUGACCGAAUCUGUCAGCCGGAUCGAGCGCGACCUGGCCGGCGUGUUGGCAAGCAUCCACGAGCUCCAGAAAGAUGUGCAAACCGCGCUGAACGCAGCGGCCAACACUGACGCCGGUGCCGAUGCCGACGCUGCGGACAGCGAGAGCACGGCUACAGAAAAUGUCGAGCAGACCCACGGCUGCGACGACCUCUAUCUCUACGGCCAAGCCCAAGUCUCUGGUUGCCACGCCCACUGCUGUGGCUCCCACCCCCACUUUAGCUUGUCGCCGACAAGGCUUCACACGACUUUCCACCGGAGACAACACCACUGCGACCGGUGCGGCAGUCACGUCCACAGCUCACGGAUGUACUGA